CGCCCCCUUUCCUAGUUCUUUAGACUUAACAGCAACAUCUGCACAAAUAUCUCUAAUAUCUUUGAAGUUGUCUCCUCACACUCAUGUUUGCUGGAUAUAGAGCAGCCUCUGGAAGACUCCUCAUAGUGACACACAAAGCUUUUCACCUCAUCCCCAGCUCAAGCUACACUUAUAAAGCCAUAGCCUCUGCUUCUCUGCCUGCUAUUAAGUUUUCAUCCUCCUUCCCUCUCUCAUCUUCCUCUUCCUUCUCGGAGCCAUCUCGCACUCAUCUUUGGCGUUCAGUCCCUCUCAGAUUUGUCUCUCCUCGUCUGCAUUCUUUUGCCUUCUCAUCGCCAUACCAGCCUCUGAAACUUUCUUGCUGGCAUUCUCAAUUUGUCCGCCCUACCGGCUCCAUGGAUUUGAAAGAGGUUUUGGAUAUUCUCGAGCAGCUUGCCCCUCUGUCAUUGGCCGAAUCUUGGGAUAAUGUUGGCUUGUUGGUGGAGCCCAGCAAACCUCGUCAAAUCAGAACCAUCCUCCUGACCAAUGACCUCACGACCUCUGUUAUGGAUGAGGCUGAAGCAAUGAAAUGCGACCUGAUCAUCUCAUAUCACCCACCUCUGUUUCGUCCAAUUAAACGUUUGGUUCAGAAGGACUGGAAGCAGCGGCUCGCUGUCAGGGCUGUGGAAAGUGGGAUAGCAGUUUAUUCACCCCAUACAUCUUGGGACAGUGUGAAAGGCGGAGUUAAUGACUGGCUGCUCGGAGGAAUGGGUAGUGGAUGUGUGUCUGUGCUCAGUCAAGCUCUUUGUAGCACCCCUCAGAGGCACAGACUGGACUUUAAAGUAAAGAAUCAGGAUGAACUCAGCAACAUCAUGGCCCAGCUGAGAGAGACUGACAGUAGUGGUACACUACAGCACACCAUGCUCAGCCCUGAGGAAGGUGUGUAUCUUGUGAACGUGACUUGUCCCAGCUCAGCACUGACCUCUACUGUUCAGAUACUGUUAGGACAUGCCACUGUCAGCCAAUCCCUCAACAUUGUUCAGCUUCAGCAGCCCCCUCUUUUAGGCUGUGGUCAGGGGCGACUCAGCAUUUUAGAUGAACCAAUAUCUGUGGCAGAGUCAGUCCAGCGUAUGAAGCUGCAUCUAGGGCUGAGUCACCUGAGACUGGCCCUGGGUAACCAGCAAACCUUAGAGUCCACUGUGAAAACUGUCGCUGUGUGUGCUGGUUCUGGAGCCUCUGUCUUACAGGGAGUAAAAGCAGACCUUUAUAUCACAGGUGAGAUGUCUCAUCAUGAGGUCCUGGAUGCUGUUGCCAAAGGAACGAGUGUUAUCCUAAGUGACCACAGCAACAGUGAGAGAGGGUUUCUAACUGUAUUUAAAGAAAGGCUGGCUGUACGUCUACCGGAAUCAGUUACCGUAGCGAUUUCCCAAAGAGACAGAGACCCACUGGAGGUGGUCUGAAACCACUCUGUUGAACAGUGUCCAUCAGAGGAGUUUAAAUGGAUACUUGCUUAGCUGUCAGUCACGUACUGAUAACUUUUUGCACCAUGUUUUGUGCAAGAGAUACUCCCGUGUUAAGUAUUGUUCUGAAGUAUGUAUCAAUUAAGGUGUGCAGUGACAUAGCAAGCAAUGUUCUAAAAUAAUAUCAAAAGGAAAAAACUAUGUAUCUCUCAUUCACGGGAAAUGUCACUUAGUUGAAUGAAGUAAA